UAAACGUUACCUUUUUCAUACAUUUUGCCUGGACAGUGUACCUUUUAUACGACAAACUCCGCUUUACAGUAUAGCUCCACAUUCUGGAUUUUAGGAAUCUGACGUACAGUACUAUGAAGCACAAAGCAACAUAGUCAACAAAGAUACAAAAAAUGCAUAUAAGGGUCCAUCCUCACAGACUUGUAUAAAUGCAAAGUCGGAAUUCAGGGAUUUUUUAAAGCCAAAUUUAUAGAAUUUGAUCAGAUAAACGCAGUGCGUCUCCAGCUCCCUUUGUGUUCACACACAAACAUGACAGAGAACAAAAUGUACUGACUGGGUUUACCAAAAGACGUGCAUUUCUAGACUGGCUCCUGGAAUAACCAAUCAAAUAGUAGAACUUUCUUUCACGUGACCGGACAUACGGGUUAUUGCCACGUGGUAGGUUUAUAAAGCGUCAAGCGGAAACGACUCGGCGCCAUUUCAUUGCAGAGGAGCUAAGUGGUGCUUCGGUGGAACUACGGCUUCAUCAGCCAGUGGGAAAAUAGGACCGUAAUAGUCCGCCUGCAGCCCGAUGGAAGCAGCCAUCAACCCGUCUCACGACAACUCCAUGGUCGGGUUGUCCACUGGCGGAAUGGACCAACACACCGCCUCUGGCAAACGCAUUCGCAAGCCCUCCCUACUGUACGAGGACUUUGAGAGCCCCUCCCUGCCCCACUCACUGCCCCAGGGGCCCCCAGCACCACCACAACCUCCAGUCAAGGAUCCUAAUAGACCAGGCAGGAUGACCAACCAGCUACAGUACCUCCAGAAGACAGUGGUGAAGUCUCUGUGGAGGCAUCACUUUGCUUGGCCUUUUCAUGAGCCUGUAGAUGCCUACAGACUGAACCUACCAGAUUACCACAAAAUCAUCAAACAACCCAUGGACAUGGGCACUAUAAAAAAGCGUCUGGAGAACAACUUCUACCGUAGUGCAAGUGAAUGCAUCCAGGACUUUAACACAAUGUUUACAAACUGCUACAUUUACAACAAGCCCACAGACGACAUUGUGCUGAUGGCCCAGUCCUUGGAGAAGAUCUUUCUCCAGAAGGUAGCUCAGAUGCCUCAGGAUGAAAUAGAGCUUCCUGCUCCGACUCCUAGAAACAAAAGCAAAGGAAGAGGUCGAAAAGCUAAUGCAUCAAGGGCACAGCAGGUACCGGCAGUUUCUCAGUCAGCCUACUCUCCCUCGUCAUCUGACACUGGGGAGUCCAUGUUGGCCAACUCUCCACAGACUGUCUUAACUAAAAGCCUGCCUCCAGCGAACAUCAUGGGCCUCCCACCAACACAGCCCAAAACCAAGAAAAAAGGAGUAAAAAGAAAGGCAGACACCACCACUCCAUCCACCAUGGGCUUAACAGUUGGCAUGUCUGGCGUGGGGAUGUCUGCUGUUGGUAUGUCCGCCGUGGGGAUGUCGGGUGUAGGCAUGUCUGGGGGAACACACAUGGUCGGUUUGGGGAAAGGAGGACACGGCGGCCAACUGCACGACACCUCCAUGCAUUCCAUUUCCUCCAUGGGAGGCAUUAGUCUAGACACUCCACCUGGCAUGGGUCUUGUCAGGAGCCCUGGAGGCCCCGUCCUUCUCCAACCAAUGAUGGCAGGCGGUGGACGCAGAGUUGGCAGCGGGCGACCCAUUAAGCCCCCUAAGAAGGACUUGCCCGAUUCUGUGCAGCCCCAGUCUUUGAAGAAAAGCAAACUCAGUCCACAGCUGAGGUAUUGCAGUGGGCUGCUGAAGGACAUGUUGUCAAAGAAACACGCUGCAUAUGCUUGGCCUUUCUACACACCUGUGGACGCCAGUGCACUGGGCCUGCAUGACUAUCACGACAUCAUCAAGUGUCCAAUGGACCUCAGUACCAUCAAGAGGAAAAUGGACUGUCGUGAAUACAGAGAUGCUCAGCAGUUUGCAAGCGAUGUUAGACUCAUGUUCUCCAACUGCUACAAGUACAACCCUCCUGACCAUGAUGUUGUGGGCAUGGCAAGGAAGCUGCAGGAUGUGUUUGAGUUCCGAUUUGCCAAAAUGCCUGAUGAACCUCACAUGGAUCACACAUCUAUGUCUUUGAGUGGCCACCCAACAUCAUCCUCGUCCUCUUCUUCGUCAUCCUCGUCAUCCUCCUCCUCCACUUCGGAGAGCGAGCCUAGCAGUGAGAGCGAAGAGACAGAGAGCAGCCCGAGCUCUGACAGUGAGGAAGAGCGAGCACAUCGCCUGGCUGAGUUACAGGAUCAAGUAUGCACACAGCUGAGAGCCAUGCAUGAGCAGCUAGCUGCCCUCUCUCAAGGGCCCAUUGUCAAGCCUAGGAAGAAAAAAGAGAAGAAAGAGAAAAAAGAGAAGAAGAAAAAGAAAAAGCUUGAUAAGAAGAGUCGAGGCAUCAGGAGCAGAGCAGGUUCAGAGGAGUGGAAGAUGCCCAGCAAGAUGCUGAAGACCAAAGCUGUCAAAGCAGGAGGCUCACAGCCAAAGAAGAGUCAGGCAAAGAAGAGCAACAAGAACAGCAAGCCACCAAAGAAGCCAUUCUACCCCCCUGUGGCUCCUUCUAUGCUGCCACAUUACGAUUCUGAAGAAGAGGAAGAGAUCGUGCCCAUGACGUACGACGAAAAGCGUCAGCUGAGCCUCGAUAUUAAUAAGUUGCCUGGAGAGAAGCUGGGACGUGUGGUUCACAUCAUCCAGUCCAGGGAGCCAUCACUGAGGGACACCAACCCAGAAGAGAUAGAGAUAGACUUUGAAACGUUGAAGCCAUCCACACUGAAAGAGCUGGAGCGUUAUGUCAUGACUUGUUUAAGGAAAAAGCCACGGAAACCUUAUACUGAGCAAGGAAAGAAAAGCUGCGUUGGAAAAUCUAAGGAGGAGCUGACCUUAGAGAAGAGGAUGGAGCUGGAGAGGAGGCUGCAGGACGUCAGUGGGCAACUGAACUCUGUGAAGAAGCCCACCAAACCCAAAGUGGAGAAGACCAGUGCAGUGGAGACACACACUCAGCCUUCUCGGCUUAGUGGCAGCAGCUCCAGCUCUGACUCCUCUUCUUCUUCAUCCUCCUCCUCGUCCUCCUCAGACACCAGUGAUUCAGACUCUGGCUGAGAUGCUCUGCCCUGGCUUGGAGUGAAAUCUUAAAUAACUCAGGGACCUGGGCUGGCCCAGGACACAAGACUCCCUGAAAUUGAAGUGGGCUGAGACAUGAAGAUACAGUUAAAAAGAAAAACAACAAACAAUAAGAUAUUGUGAAUGUGGGACUGAGGGAUGGAAAACUAUUUCUCUGUGGAUCAACAUCAAACCCAAACACUAAAUGCCCUAAUCCUCUCCCCCUCUCUUUGUAAAUAAUUGUACAAAUUUAUGUUUCUUUUAUAAAGAAGAAUUUUAUGGUGAUCCCCCAAAGAGGGAAUUGAAGUAAUAUAAAAAGGAAGUGGAAAGAUGGGCCAGUUUCCACAUCUGCUUUGUCUGGCCUUUAAAGGUAUCUCCUCUGUGGCCACGGAGUAGUAGAGCCCUUAUUUAUUUGUUUUAUUUUCCCACUUGUGUUCAUUGUGAGUUAGAGCUAUUGCUGUAGCUAUGUGGUCACAAGCCUUACUUUUGUUGUCCCAAAUAUCCACUGUGCUGCAUCAGUAGGAGAAAUCCAGCCAUGGUUAACACAGUGUUUAAGGUUACUAGGUACAGGGGGUCAGACAGUAUUCUGUCUACCUCUAAAUGCAGCUUUGCUUUCAUGCCUGUGAUGUCUGGAUAAACCUGCAGUAACUGCAGUGGAGGCCAAGUUUCUAGAGGCCAAGAAAGUCUGCCUUGCUUUUGAGAAGGACUGUGGAGGGAGGAGUUCUGAUGGCACCUCGUUGUAGUUUUCCUCAAAGGUGUGGACUGGUAUGAGCUUCAUGGAAAGCAAUUAUGUCCCAUAAGUUUCAUGUUGUGUAGUAGUUGUAAUACUAUUUUGAGCGAGAAUAUAGUACUUAGAUCGCUAUCAACAAAAAAUGUCUAUCAAAAGAGUCUAUUUCUGUACUGGCAGUACUUGGUGACAAAAACAGCAGCACUAUAUUGGAAAUGGCCAGAUUUCUCCUUUGGGACCAUCUACAGACUCCUAGGCCUUAUUGAUCCAGGAGGGUAAAAACAAUAUCAGAAAAUUGGAAAAAAAACAUUUAGAUUUGUUUUUAAGCUUUCUACUGCUCACAGAUUAGAAGUGAAACAAUGUUUUCUGGCAGUUGAAAACCAACACAAAGCUGUUUACAACGGCAUUCUGGGAAAUGUCACUACUUUACGGCUACCAUUUUCUCCUCUCAAGUCUGUUUACCACGUCUAGUAACUGCAUUUUUGUUUCAAACCAGAUAGGAUUCAUAACACAGUAUAUAAAAACAUUUCCUUUAUAUAAUUACAAAAGCUUAGAGAUUAAUAUGACAGAAAUGUCUGUCUGCAGUUGUCGGAGAUCAGCCUUUACAUCAUCAAACAGUCAUUUAAAUAUAGCACUUGUUCAUUUAGGAGCUCAAUGUUAAUCAGAUUACAGCGUAGCUUUCUUAUUUCCAUGGCGAAUUUCCUAAAGCAGUGAUGCAGCGUAGCACGAAGCUAAAGAACCUCUGCAGCACUUGGUUAUUUUAAAGACUUCUGUUGGCUGCUGAGAGAUGACUGAAGAAGAGUAAGACCACAGUUUUUCCACAAAGACUGAAAUGUACUCCUGGUUCAGAUACUGUUGUUGAAUGUUCAGUAGAAUAAGAUUUGCGUGUACAUACUUAAGUGUAUUUGCUGUUGCACAAACUGUUAUACUGCUGUUCAGUCAUUUUGACUCGACUUUGUUUUUCAAUAAUAAUACAAUAUUUUCCACAUUCCUCUUUACUGUUUUAGUUGAUUUCCUGAUGAGCCUUCCUAUCAGUUACUGCUGCUUCUCCAACCUUUCAUUUGACAACUAUUAAACUGUUUAUUAAAA